AUGUCUAUUUUACAACAGCAGGCUAUGUUUAUGCAGUUAACGCUAAUAUCUAACCAGGAUGAACUUUCAACCUGCCACUGGAAAGUUUAUGGAGUUGAUUCCAACGGGAGUGAUCUUGCGACCUCUGGGGCUUCCGUUAAUCAGCUCUUUAAGAAAAUCCAAAUAUGUGCAUUAGCACUACGGGAGGCUGGGUGUCUUACGUGCCCGUCUUCUGAUGGAACUGGAAUUUGGGUGUUUUCCCUUGAUACCGAGUUUUCUAGACUAAAAUCAUUCGCAUCAAAUCAGAGCGAGGAUGCAGAAGGCCUAAUUGUUGGACAGGUGCCGAUAUACGCUGAGCUUUCUCAAAAGCUACUAUCCAAAGCCUCAGAAAACUCCCGAAAUUCUAGUCUGACUGAGAAUCUAUCGAGCAGAAAUAAGCUAGAGAUACCCGCAUCCUUGGAACUAACGCAUUCAUCUCUAUAUGCGUCGUUCAUUAGCUCGAUAGCCUGGUCACUGUCGCUUCAUUUGACUAAGCGUCAUAGGGCCAUACCCCUCGGGAAACGGACCUUCUUCACAGCCGCAGAUCCCGACAUGUCCCCUGGCGGUGCUUCUGCAUCCAUUCUUUCAACACUGGAUAUUGAAUUGUCCCAAAGUGGCAAGGUGGUCAUAUCGCUUCGAUCCAGAUCCCAACCUGGGAUAAGCCAACUUUCAGAAGGCCCUGUGGUCAGUAGCAUUGGUGAAUUACGAUUGCAUGACGAUAUAUGGCUUGCUCCCACAGGAACAAUAGCAAGGUAUAUAGGUAUAGGGGGUAGUGAAUAUGCACUCGGUACCGGCAACUCAUAUCACUCCAACAACAUACAUGGUUCAAGGAAUGGGUUCUCUAGCGAGGUCCAGGACCCAUGGAAAUUGGCGGUUUGCUCUUGGCUUGAGAGAACGGGAGUUCCUAUAGGAAUAUCAGAUAACAUGAGAUGGGUACAGGUUGAAGUAGUGACCCGUCAUCAACGGUUAGGCCAGGGUAAGGCUACAGGUACCCGAAGAAUUUACUGGCCAGCACAGUUAUGUUUCAAAAAAGCCCGUUUUCCCACUGGCUCUCCAAUUCAAGGAGCUGAGACUUUAUCCCGCGACAGUCUGGGCCCUCUACAGUACGCUCGCCAGUGGUUAAAAUGCUCUGUACCUAGAGACGAAGUUUUAUCACGGAAUGCUGCAUCAGAUGUUGCUCAGCACCCCGAGCAACACCCUCAAAGCGAAACACUGGCAUCCCCCGAUGGAAUUGAUAUCCCAAGCACAACUGAGAGCAUGGCAAGAGCAUUAGUAUAUCCAGAUUUCCAUCCAGCUACGGUAUAUCCAACUCCUCCAGGAGGUGCAUUAGGCCUCGGGCAACUUUCUUCCGAUCACUCUGGCGGGCAGUACCCUCUUGAAUUACCCCAUAUUUCUAGGGAGGACACUGAUGCUAACAUAACCGAAUCCUUAAACCCUAAUACCCGAUCUUUGCUAGAAGCAACGUCUCCUGGGCUUGGCGCCGGUACUGGGAUGUAUGACACAGCCGAUGAUGACUUAUUCGAAGAGAUGGAUGACAAUUUUGAUAACAAAGGAAUUACUGAGGCGGAUUUCAAUUUUUUUGACGAUCCUGGACUCUCUGACACCAACCUGGAUGUUGACUCUGGGAACCCGAACCAUAAUUUCGUCAUAUCAGACCAUCCCACGGCAGAAUCAAAGCCAGAUCUAGAGAUGAGUGAGUCACUUGCCUCUCUAGAACCAGCUCCGCCUACCGAGCCCCAUAGAAUGGAAACUCCAAUGUUAAACAAUGCUGUGGAAGAAGGCACAGGUCAAGGACACAGUGGAAUUAAAAGCAGCGAACCCACGGCUAGAGUGGCCGACACAGAUAGGAAUACGGAACGUCCAAUAAGCCCACCACUAAGCCCAUCAGGGGUAAAACGUAUCUUAUUUUCGAGCCCUAAAGGGAAUUCAGAGAAGCCCAAAAACACGAUAACCUCCGCCACAAACCUUCCAGUGGAAGCAAGCAGUCAACUAGGGCAACAUAAAGGUCGUUAUGAUGCAAUAUCGUUCCAACAUGAGCUUGACUUCUCCGACAGAAAAUAUGGGAUUGAUGGUAGAUUCUGGUUCCUCCCUGAUCACAAAACCUUCAAUCACAAUGCGGAUUCACAUACGACGAAAAUACCCAUGGUUAAUGAUCCGUCAAUGCCAUUCUAUAAGUUAGGGCAGCAGACAUACCCUCAUAAAAUCAACGAACGCUUGGAUAGCGCAGACAGCGAACGAUGCUCGUCUUCUACCUCCUCCACGUCCUCUGUUUCAGAGAAUCACUAUGAGCAGGCUGGAUUCAAUAAGAUGCGCCCUGUAGAUCCCAUCGAUAACAGGUUGAGGAGAGGAGAUUUGGAAGAAAUCUUCUCAGUUAGUUCUUCUCUACAAAGUCCUGGAUUUAAUGUUAGAAAACCUUACCCAACACACUCUGAUUUGGAAGAGGAUGUGCUAUUAGCUGGGCUUGUCUACCCAGCUACUGAUUGGUUAUUGUCAAGCUAUUUUACAGCGUUUGAACCCAGCAUUCGCUCCGCUCUCUGCGGUCGAGAUGAGACGCUCCAUGUGGCACAGCUUUUGGUCGACCAAAUAACUCAAUCUACUUUAACGCAUAAAACGGAGAUCGCUUAUGAGGAGAAUGAGAAAGAUAUUUGGCAGGCAUCAAUAGAUGACAUCAACGCACUGGGCCAAUCUCGCAGGCCCAGCCUUAAGUGUUAUGCAUCUAUAAGUGACAUUGGACCCAGCCAGCAAAUAAAGGAUACCACGAACGGCGCCAUCAUUAAUUUAAGGCCACCUCAUAUGCAAAUUAGGCGUGGAAAUUGCUCUCUUGAAGUCUUACCAACCGCUAUAUCCUUUUGGGAGACCUUCGGCCUUGAGCCUCUCAAGGGCAAGAAGGAUAUCAUUUCCUAUUGUCUACAUCCUGUGUCUAUGCAAGAGAGCGCCAAUGCCUUCCUUGAUAGGCUGGGUCUAACAUAUUUGGGUGCCAAUCUUGGUACAUUCGCCCGUCAUGGUAGCGCAAAGGGUUUGGUUCCAUGGUCCCUGAGUCAGGAUAAGCUAGACUAUACAUCAAUUAUGCGGAAGUUACUGCAUAUUUGUGAAUCUUUAGGAACUGCGCUGUCAAAUCUAUCGAUGAACAACAAAACUGUCGUUGUGUACAUCGUUAAUCCUUUCAAGAUUGGUGCAGCGAUGGUUGAUAUAUGUGUAGCUUUCUUACGUCUCUUUCGUAAAUAUGUGGAAGAGGCUGACAAGCGUUUAGUCCGUCGCCUCAAUGAAUUGGUGUUGCAGAUAGUCCCAUCCGACUUUAUCACUGGAGAAGAUUCGUUGGUAAUACCCACACAAAAUGACUACCUCCGACUUGCAUUAGAGGUCUACUCCCGCUGUCCCCCACAAGACCCCAUAUCGGAUAUGUUUGCGGGCGCUCCUGCAUUUACCCUAGCAACAUCUGUCCCAAAGAUUAUUCCUUUCCGGUUAACCUCAGAGGAAGGUUCUCCCAUGGAUGCUGGGCAGGCAUGCCAUGUGGCAUAUUCUGUUAGCCAGGAUCAGCGGUGGGUUACUGCGGCGUGGUGUGAUAACCUAGGUUUGCGCCAGCUAACCCUGUCAUACUCACUGCGACAAGACGUCUCUCAUACUUGUAGACCACUAGCUGAAGUUCGAGAAGACAUUUGGCAAGUGACCAUGGACAUGACAGGGAUGUCUCGCUGCCGUUGGCGUGUUGUUCUUGCAAAGGAUGAACCAAUGGACGCCGAGGAAAUAACAGAACCAAACCUUCACCUGAAACUACCCCCUCCGCCGCCUCAACUGAACGCCCUCUACCAAUCUGGCAAUAUGUCAACUCCGGUUUCUACUCCAAAACCCAGCAUAUCUUCUCCUGAUCCAUCAGCCAGUGCCCCAACCCCACCCAAUAUAGCCAAUACACCAAAUUUUUCAUCCGAACCAUCUCAACCUCAGGCCCAAUCCCACUUUCAGGUUCACCCUACCCAGAUACCGGUGGAAACAAAUACUGAAACACUCCUAGUCGACAAGUCUGAUGAUUCCUGGGCUUUGGUUCUAUCACAGCGUUUAAAUAACUCCCAUUCGUUCACCAAUUACAAACCGGCUCUUGCAAAUGGAUAUCUCAUUCAUCGUAGCGGCACCAGUGACACUGACUGGAAAGCCUCUUUGAUGGUUAAUCUGAUACAUCUCCAAAGUCGAAUUCCUCCUAGCAUCGUCCUGAAGGAUUUAUUAGGACAAGAGGACUUGUCUGUUCUCGGGGAAAUAAUGGCCUUCCCUGGCACAUUUCUACUGCUAUUAAAGGACAGGAGUUGUUAG